AUGCGUCUUCUUGCUGUGUUUGCGACUCUGCUCGCAGUGGCCGCCGCCAGCGGUCGUUUGAUGACCAUGCAAGAGAUUAACGAACGCCGACUCGAGGCAGUAAAACGUUGGCAGACUAGUGGCUCUCAGAACGUAAAGAGCGGUGGUGUUCAGAAUAUCACAUUCACCAACCCCAAGGCCUCAGAAUUUUACGUCGAGGGAAAAUCCCUUCCUCUUGUUGACUUCGACGUUGGUCCUAGCUGGGCAGGUCUUCUGCCCAUCAGCAACAGUCCUAAUGAGACGCGUAAGCUCUUUUUUUGGUUUUUCCCUCCCGGCCCCCAAGGGAGUCUUGAUGAUUUGAUUUUUUGGACGAAUGGUGGACCUGGAUGCUCCUCCCUCGCAGGUUUGCUGCAAGAGAAUGGGCCUUUCACUUGGUCCUGGGGUCAGGCAAAACCGACGGUGAACCAACACAGUUGGACCAACCUGUCCUCCGUGCUUUGGGUGGAGCAACCUGUCGGCACGGGAUUUUCCCAAGGCAUCCCGGACGCUCAGAACGAAGAUGACAUUGCUGCUCAAGUCGUCGGCUUCAUGCAGCAGUUCCUUGAGGUCUUUUCGGAACUCAAAGGUAAAAAGCUAUAUUUAUCGGGUGAAAGUUAUGCUGGAACAUACGUGCCUUAUAUCGCAAACUAUAUCUACGAGAACCCGAGUCGGUUAGACCUCUCGUUGCAAGGGAUAUGGAUCAGUGAUCCCUUAAUCUCAUGGUAUGUGGUGCAACAACAAAUCCCUACAGCGGACUUCGUGAAAAAACACGCAAGUCUCUUCUCUUUUAAUCAAACGUACAUGGCCCACCUCGACGAGAUGGCCGCGACGUGCAAUUACACUGGCUACAUGGAUAAGUACGUCACAUACCCUCCAAAAGGUCUUCUUCCCCUACCAGGAGACUCUACCAAUUUUGCUCAAGGCUGCGAUAUCUGGACCGACAUUCACAAUAAUGCGCUGAUAAUCAACCCCUCUUUCAAUAUCUAUCGCAUCUGGGACACUUAUUCGCUUCCAUGGGAUGUCCUAGGUUUUCUAGGCACGCAGUCUUCAAUCUACUAUAAUCUAACAGACGUAAAAGAAGCUAUUCAUGCGCCCGUGGAUACCGAGUGGAUUGAAUGCACCUUGACCCAUGUCUUCCCCAACGAAGACAGCAGCUCACCCCCUGCACUCACUGUAUUACCGAGUGUUAUCGAGAAGAACCAGCGGACCGUCAUCGUGCACGGACUCGCGGACUUCAUCAUCACCGCUGAUGGAACCAGAAUUGCCAUUCAAAAGUCAGUGCGGAAUGGUUUGCAAGGAUUCCAGACGCCUAUCGCCGAUGACAGCUUCAUUGUCGAUGGCGUGGGUGCCUACGGGUCGAUGCACUCAGAGCGGGGACUCACUUAUUGCGAAGUAGCCUUGGGUGGACACAUGCUUCCAGAGUUUGCGCCAGUAGCCUCCUUCCAGAUUAUGCAGUACCUGAUGGGGUUUAGAGACACUCCUUAA